GGACUUUUGGCUUCUAAAAACACCCUCUUAUUUUAUAAAACUCUAAAACUAAACUUAAAAGAAGUAUUUGGUUCGUUCCUAACGGAUCCCGGAAUAUGCCAUUUUAUUGUUGAAAAAGACUGAACCGGCGAAAAAAAGGAGCUUAAAAGUGACGCAGAAAACCCCAUUCCUUUUCUGUACAUUUUCCAACGACUCCACUUGUGCUCCAAUUCAGAUUUCCAGUCUACGAUGCCGGAAGAGACGACGUCCAUAGAUUACGUAAUGGAGGCCGCCUCCGGUCCUCAUUUCUCCGGCUUACAUCUUGAUGCCCAAUUCCUUUCUUCCCCAAGAUCUCUUUCUUCCUCCCUACUUGCCGACUCAAUCAAACAGCCUUUCGUCAUAGGGGUUUCCGGAGGUACUGCUUCCGGUAAGACGACGGUUUGUGACAUGAUUAUUCAACAGCUUCACGAUCAUCGUGUUGUUCUCGUCAAUCAGGAUUCAUUUUAUCGUGGCUUGACUGCUGAAGAAUCUGAACGUGCCCAUGAGUAUAAUUUUGAUCACCCUGAUGCUUUUGACACAGAGCAAAUGCUAGAGUGUGUUGAAAAGCUCAAACAAGGAAACUCAGUACAUCUUCCAAUAUAUGACUUUAAAAACCACCGCAGGUGUUCUGAAUCCUUCCGCCAGGUGAAUGCAUCUGAUGUAAUCAUCUUGGAGGGGAUACUGGUAUUUCAUGACCAAAGGGUUCGUGACUUAAUGAACAUGAAGAUAUUUGUUGACACAGAUGCGGAUGUGAGGCUUGCACGUAGAAUAAGGCGAGACACAGUUGAGAGGGGUAGGGAUGUCAAUUCUGUCCUUGAGCAGUAUGCUAAGUUUGUAAAACCUGCUUUUGAUGAUUUUGUUCUUCCAUCCAAAAAGUAUGCUGAUGUCAUCAUACCACGAGGUGGCGAUAAUCAUGUUGCAAUAGACUUGAUUGUGCAACAUAUACGCACAAAGCUUGGUCAACACGACCUCUGCAAAAUAUAUCCAAACGUAUAUGUGAUUCAGUCAACAUUCCAGAUUCGAGGAAUGCACACACUGAUUCGAGAUAAAGAUAUUUCAAAGCAUGAUUUUGUAUUUUACUCAGAUCGACUAAUUCGAUUGGUUGUGGAGCAUGGGCUUGGUCAUUUACCGUUUACUGAGAUGCAAGUGGUCACACCAACAGGGUCGGUAUAUAGUGGAGUUGACUUUUGCAAAAAGCUUUGUGGUGUCUCUAUUGUUCGAAGUGGUGAGAGUAUGGAGAAUGCAUUGCGUGCAUGUUGCAAAGGUAUAAAAAUUGGAAAAAUCUUGAUCCACCGUGAUGGUGACAACGGGAAGCAGCUCAUCUAUGAAAAGCUUCCAAAUGACAUUUCUGAAAGACACGUGCUUCUCCUUGAUCCAGUUCUUGCUACAGGUAAUUCGGCUAACCAGGCAAUUGAACUGCUGAUACAGAAAGGAGUACCGGAAUCAUACAUAAUAUUCCUCAACCUCAUAUCAGCUCCAGAGGGAAUCCAUUGUGUUUCAAAAAGGUUUCCAGCGGUGAAGAUAGUUACAUCAGAGAUUGAUGUUGCUUUGAAUGACGAGUAUCGUGUCAUACCUGGUCUUGGGGAGUUUGGUGACCGUUACUUUGGCACUGAUGAUUGAUUGGGUGUAACCAACCAUCUGUCAUGAUUUUAUUUUUUACUUUUCUCCUGAGCAGCAACCAGCCUUAAAGGCCGGGUUUUGCAAUGGAAGAAGUUUCUUCAUUCUGUACUUGUAAGUGGUACCCUCGUGUGUGUUUGGUGGGUGGUCAUUGGGUGUAUUUGCUUGUAAAUAUUAGCGCCACAGGGCAUGGAUUUUACACACACGCUUUUUUGGGGGGCCAGACCAGAAUUGAUGUUUUAGGAAGUUCAAAUCAAAUAUGGACAUCAUCAUCAUCAUGCUCCUUUGAUUUCUUUUAUUUUGAGUAGAGGACAUUAUAUUAUGCGUUGCUUUGUUCAAAUAAAAUAUGGAGCAUCUAAGACUAAUAAUCGUAUUUGCUGUUUGGUGUACAUGUGUGCAUGUUACCCAUCAAUAACAUUCAAC